AUGGCCUCGGCGGACAGCGAGGUGAAAACCCUCCUCAACUUCGUCAACUUGGCCUCGAGCGACAUCAAGGCCGCGCUGGAUAAGUCGGCUCCCUGCCGCCGCUCGGUCGACCACAGGAAGUACCUGCAGAAGCAGCUCAAGCGCUUCUCUCAGAAAUACUCCCGCCUGCCUCGAUGCCACCACCACAUGCAGCAGCAGCAGCAGGAGCAGCAGCCUGCCAGGGAACGAAAGGCGCCAGAGGGGAGAGCGCGAGGCCUGAGCGCCGCCGACGGCACCGAGACUUUUGUAGGCCGAGGCGGUGUCGUCGUCGCCGCCGCCGCCGCCGCCGUGUUGGCCAAGAGCGACAAGGCCUGCAAGGCCGCAGAGCCCGGCGGUGAGCAGCAGCAGCAGCAGCAGCAGCAGAGCGCCUCGGAGGCGAGCGCCAGGCCCGACCAAGUGCCCAUGAGGAAAAGGCAGCUGCCCGCCUCCUUUUGGGAAGAACCCCGGCCGGCUCCUGGCCCUUUAGGCUUAAGCGGCGUGGCCUUCCCAGCAGGCGUCUCCUCUACGGACCUCCCCCACUAUGAGGGAAAGAAAAGUAAAAAAGGUCCAGGCGGCGGCGGCGGCGGCGGCGGGACUGGUGCCACGCCCGAGCGUCCCACGACUGGGCCGGACACAGAGACCGCCAAGGUGCUGAGCGCCUGGAGCUGCUGUCCAUUUCAGUACCACGGACCUCAAGCCUCCCCCGGCGUCUACCCGGCCCCCCUCACCACCCCCCUUCCCCCGGCGGCCCCCUUCCCGGGCUUGGGACUGUGGAGGAAAAACGCGGCCUCCCCGACAGAGACCGAGGCCUUCUGCAAGCUAGACGGCAGCGGGGCAGGGCAGAAAAUACACCGGCCUGUGGUGUGGAAACCCAUCCCCACAAAGCCCGCCGCGCCGCCCCCCAUCUUCAGCGUCUUCGGGUACAUUUAG